AUGCCACCAAAACUGGCGACAUAUGUGACAGAAGAGCGGCUCGUUGAAUAUCAAGAGGCUUUCGAUACUUUCGAUCCAGACGGCAAGGGGAAAAUUCCUUGUGAACAUGUACUUGUUUGCCUACGAAAGGUCGGGUUGAUGCCGGCUGACUGCGAACUGGAGGAUCUACUACGCUCCGUUGACUCGGAGAACGACGUUUUUGCGGAAGGUAUCAACUACGACCAAUUUUGCCAAAUCGCUUCAAAGAAGGAAAGGGAUGUAUAUAACGAAAGAGACAUAGUAAAUGCCUUCGCCCUCUUCGAUUCAACGUCCAAAGGCUACCUAACGACGGAGGAGCUGACGCAGAUUCUCUGCACACGAGGCGACAAACUAUCAGAGGGUGAAAUGGCAGCACUUAUUAAAACAGCUGGAGCCAAUACAAACGGACGCAUACAGUACGAAGAAUUUGUACAUCGUAUGAUGUUGAGAGACUAA